CGCCCUCCGGCGAGCGAUCUCCGUCUUCCAUGGCUUCGAAUCCGAACGGAAAUUCGAAGCUCGGUUUCGCCGCCGCCGUUUUCCUGGCGCUCGCCGCCACGGCGUCGGCGUCGGCGUCGGCCGCCGUCUCCGUGUACUUGUGGAAGAGGAGGAAGUCGAGGGAGCUGGAAUCGAGGAUUCGGGAGCUCGAGGCGUCGCUCCGGUCCUCGUCGGAGAAGUGCGCCGCCGAGAGGCGAGGCCGCAUCGGGGCUCAGCAGGCUUUGAGGAAAGCUAUAGCGCAACCUCGGUUGGAAAAUUCUGAGGUCACUUCUUAUCCGAUGAGACCUAUUGGCAUUGUCAAGUCAUGCUUUUCUACCAGGAAUGGCACGCCAAGGCAGCCUUUAAUUGUGCCCCUUGCAAGAGCAUCUUUGGUAUUUGAUGCAUCUCUAGUCCCUCCGGCAUCACUUGAGGGCCUUGAAGGAUAUUCUCAUUGUUGGAUUAUAUAUGUUUUCCAUCUCAAUACAGAUUUGGAGAAGUUGUGGAAGGAGACAUCUAGAUCAAAGUUCAAGGCAAAGGUCAGGGUGCCAAGACUGAAAGGAGAAAAGGUGGGAGUCUUUGCUACAAGGUCUCCACAUCGACCCUGCCCUAUAGGGCUAACUGUUGCAAAGGUGGAAGCUAUCAAAGGAAACACGGUUUUACUCUCAGGUGUAGAUUUGGUUGAUGGGACACCGGUUCUGGAUAUUAAACCUUAUCUCUCAUACUGUGAUAGCCUCCCAGGAGCAAGAGUACCAUCCUGGGUAAUGGUCGACAGCUCACUAGCAGUUGCUUCUGUGAACUUCUCUGGUCAUUUCUCUUCAACACUAGCUGAUUGCUGGGCAGUUGCGGGAAAGAGUUCGAUGUAUGCAUCACCAGAAGAGCUUCAGAAGUUGAUCGAGGAAGUCCUUUCAUGGGAUAUACGAUCGGUAUCUCAGAGAAACCGAUCACAUGAUUUGCCUGUCGGGGAAAUUAAUGGUAAAGCAUCUGAUAUGACUUCGGACCUCGACAAUCUGCACGAAGAUGGUUCCGAUGGACAUGAGAAGGCACCUCUGCAUCCCACGGAUAUAGUCUAUCACCUUGUUUUGGAAAGAUUCGACAUUUCGUAUAGUAUUGAUCCUGAUGGAAAUGUCUUUGUGGAGAAAGUCUCACUUCCCUCGGACAUCCCAGAUAAUAACAAUGAGAAUAUUGCAAACCAAUACGAAGAAUGACUUGGAUGACUAGGUUGCUCAAGGAUUUUGGUAAUCCAAAUGAUGAUUUGCUUGGAUUAGGGUUCAUUUCAUGCUGGAGCUUGGGGUUCCUGUUUUUUCUCUAUGUCUGAUUAUCCAUUGCUACUU